CUUAUUAAUACUCAACAAAUCCCUAUGUAUGUUGGUUCACAGACUAUAUGAAAAGAUUUUUAUGAAAAUAAAUUUAAAAUCCUUAGAUAUUUUUAAAUUUAUUCUAUUUAAAUAGAAUAUAUAUGAUUUUAAGUGAGUGUUAAUAAGAAUAUAUGAGAAAUUAUCAUUGUACAAUGGAUGGUAACAAAAUUGAAGCUAUUCGAUAUUUUGAGUUAUCCAAAUUGUACUUAGAAAAAAAGGAUUAUUAUAAUGCUUGGAAGUAUACUUUAAAAUCGAUUAAACUUUUUCCAAUGUAUGAAAAUAAAUGUUUGAUGAGAAAUCUCAAUUCUUUAGCAGAAUCACUAAAGCAAAGAUCUUCAAAACGAAAACAACCAGAAAACUUAUCCAGUAAUUAUAAUUGUUCUAUUUUAACUGAAGAUUAUCUUAAAAAUGAAGAGAGUAAUAUAUCUUUUGAACCUAAAUCAAAAAAAUUUCAUCCAAGCAUUCCAUUAACUAGUACCUAUUCAACUGACAUGUUUAAACAAAUAAAUAAAGAUGAAUCUUAUAGAUGUAUUGAAAAAGCAGAAGAUUUCAUUAAAAGAAAUCAACUAGAUAUGGCAGAAAAACUUUUACAUAAGUCUAUAAAGUUAUUCUUUAUCUCUAAAGCUGAAAAGCUACUUGAAAAAAUUACAUACCUAAAAGAAUUGAAUAAACCAAAAUAUAGCUCUGAACAAAUUGAUUUAGUGAAAAAAUUGAAAAAUAGCAAAAAUUAUUAUACAAUGCUGGGUAUUAACAUAAAUGCAACAGAAAGUGAAAUAAAAAAGGCCUACAAAAAAUUGGCUCUAUUAAUUCAUCCAGACAAAAACCCUGCACCAGGAUCUGGAGAAGUUUUCAUUGCUAUAGGAAAUGCAGUUAAAGUAUUGUGUAAUCAAAGAGAGCGUAGUAUAUAUGAUUCAAGUCUAAAUAAAUCUUCAAAUACAAAAAGAAAAACUCAAUGUGAUGGAUCUUCAUCAACCUCAAAAUCAUGCCACUCAGAAUAUUCAUUUAAUAGUUAUUACAACUACUAUGAGUAUUGUGAAGAAGAUUACUAUCAAAAUUAUAAUUACCAAGAAAAUGUUGACUUUAACUAUGGAAAUUAUUACUAUGAUGAUUAUUAUGAUACUUAUGAUUAUUAAAACAUUUUUUUAACAUUUUAGUAUGAAAAAAUAAUAUCAAUCAAAUUAAUAAUUCUAGAUUUAACUAAUGUUAUACAUAGCUCUAUAUUUAUUUAAUUAAACCCAUUAAAUUAAUAA